UUCGGCUUCGGCCGAUGUCCGCCAACAUGGCGAAAAAGUUGUCUCUAGCAAAAACUUAAAUUACUUGGGUAUUCGAGUGAAAUUCACUAUUUUGAAAACAGGUGUUGAAGAGUACACAUUUCUCUAUCGUCAUGUCUGGUUUUGACCAAGCAGGACUGCCGGGACCAGAGUUUAUCACCCAAGGACUAACUACUGCACAAGAUUUCGAAACUGUCAACUUCAUAGAGAACUUUCAACAGGAAAACAGUAUCAUGCUGCCUUCUCUGCAACCUGCUUUGCCCUUUUUAGACCUCCAUGACGUCCGCAGGUUACAGUUCAAUAGUUUUGUGAUGGAAAACUUGCGUGAAAAACUGCUUGAUCAAGUGAAGGUUUUGGAAGUGGACAAACUAAAGAGUUUGCUCGAUCAGUGCUUUCCGUUUAUCCACGUGGCUCAUCUCCGGCCAGUCGUGAUGGAAGUCAUGAAAUAUCUCCCAAAAGUCCCUGAAGAAUGCCUUGAACAACUGGCAAAUGAUACUCAGUUGUACCAAGAUUGCUCAAUUGAGGUGAAAAGGCAGAUCUGGAUCAAGCAUCAUGCACUGUUUGGGGAUGCGGUCGGUCCCCUUUUGAACCAAUAUGUAGAGGAAAAGUACAAUGUUCUUCACUCCACAGAACCUUUAAAUUCGCACACAUUUUUUUCAGUUCCAUCCAAAACAAGGCGACAGAAUCCAGUUGUACAAAACUUAGCAAAGAUGAUAGGAAAAUCUCUUGAACUGUAUAAUCUAGUGCUACAAUUCCUGAGAACGUUGUUUUUAAGAACCAAAGAGGUUCAUUACUGCACUCUUAGGUCAGAGUUACUGAUGGCAGUGCAUGAUCUUGAAAUUAAAGACAUAAAGGACAUUGAUCCAUGCCAUAAAUUUACUUGGUGUCUUGAUGCCUGUAUUCGAGAAAAAGUGAUAGAAGGAAAAAGGACAAAGGAAUUACAAGGAUUCUUGGAUCAUGCAAAGCAUAGUGAAGAACAGGUUCUUGGAGAUAUUGCAAUGAUCCUUUGUGACCCAUUUGCUAUCAACACUGUUGCCAAGAGUGUAAUCAAGCGUUUGCAAAGACUUGUUAACACUGAAUCACUGCCUAAAACAUGUCAAGAUGUGAGUUUUCUUUUACGAGUCUUGAACCUUGGAGUUAGUGCCUGGGAGAUGAUCAGUAAUCAACAUUUUACUGAAGUGGCCUUGAGUGGAGAGCUGAUUCACAAGUUUCUUCCAAUACUUAUGUCCCUGAUGGUGGAUAGCAGCCUCCACUCUUUGCACAGCAAACACCAUGUUGAUGAUGAUAAUGCUGAUGUGGAGGACCCUAUCCAGUUCACUGACUACUUUGCUGAAAUUACAUCAGCCAACUCAGUUGCCUUCACACUUGCUUGGUGUUAUCUUCUCCAUGUCAUUAAUCAAAGAGACAGACAUACCCUUGUUGCCAUCUUGCCUUGGUUUGUCAACACAUGUCAAGAGCGAGCUUUGGAUGAGGUCUCCCUUCACACUCUGACCAGUUCCCUAGCUGCUUGGCAGGAAGAGUUUACACAUCCUGAUUUCUGUGAUGUGGUUUUUGACCAAUUUCUUCUUCCCUUGGUGACACACACAAGUGUAAUGCGACACACCCUAAGAUUGCUAUCGUACAUUUUUCCUAAAUUGGAUCCUCAAAAGGUGUUGCACAUUCUGACCAUUGCACAGCCAUCAAGUGAGCACAGUGAAGCUGUCCAUGAUCUUCAUGCCAUGGUAGUUGAACGCAUUUCCAAUUACAGUGCCCUUACACCUGGUUCAUCAUCUGUGGAGCAGCCAUCUUCAGCAUCAUCUUUGUCAUCGUCGUCACACAGUCCACUGGAGUACAUUCAGCCUGCCAGUAGCUAAUCACGACCACAAAAUAGAAAGUGAAUUCCAAUGAUCACCUUUAAACUCCAAAAUUAUAGGUUUAGUUUGGCUGUUAAGUACUAAUUAGUGGUGAAGACUUGCUCUGCUGUCUGGUCAAAACGGAUGUGAUCACAUGUUUACAUGGGAUUGUGGGGCUUCAGAAUCUUCUCAUACUUAUAAACCCAAUGGUCAUAGUGAAGGAGAGUUUUGAUUUGUACUGAAGGGCAUAGUUGAGUAGUGUGCUCUGCCAUGGAUAAGCAGAGCAGUUAUUUACCAAACUGAAGGGUGUAGGGGAAAAAUGGUGAUGUUGAUUUAUGAUAGUUUGAAAUAGCAGACUCAAAAAAAUGAUUUCUUGCUCAAUUUGCAGAGUGUGUUUUUCAAUUAUCUUUUAAAAUUACUUUGUGGUAACUUAGGGAAGUGGUUGUUUUAUUUUUCUUGGGGGUGGCCACAACUUUGCAUUAUUAAUUUUGUAUGCAAUUAUCUGUGGGUCAUGUGGUGGGCUCAGCCUUAAAAGGAAAGAAAAAUACUUUAAAUGUUAUUUAAUUAUUGUUAUUUCUUAGCUCUGCUGUUGUAGUUUGUGUGGCUUGUCAUUUACUAAUUAUAGUAUUUAAGGCACCAGUAUUUAUAGAACUGGUAGAUGGAUACAAGGUACAUCUUAUUUUAAUCUAAGAGGGUUCAUUGUACCAUUUAAUGUAAUGUAAAUUAUAUAAAUAUUUCAAUUUAUAAAAUAAUUCAAAUAGUACGCAUGCUCUGAUUGGCCAUUUUACAUGAGUGUAUGUAAACACGGUUUUCGUUCCUCUUUCAUUAGCUAUUUUAUAAAAGAAAUAUAAGAAGGUUUCUGUGUUUACAUAGCCUGAUGUAAACACUUGGGAGGUUGGGAGAACACUCAAUAAGCUGGUAACCGCUCCGCUUCGCAUCAUGGUUUCCAACGCUUAUCUCGUGUUCUCUCAACCUCCCACGUGUUUACAUCAUCAU